AUGUUCCUCACAGUCAAGCUGCUUUUGGGCCGUAGAUGCAACCUCAGGGUGUCGGGCCAYGAGAGUGUGGCCACACUGAAGAAGCUGGUGUCCCAGCAGCUGCAGAUACCUGCAGAGCAGCAGCACCUGCUGUUCCGUGGCAAGCUGUUGGCUGAUGACAAGCGUCUCUCCGACUACUGCAUUGGGCCCAAUGCCUCCAUCAAUGUUAUCAGGCGGCCCCUGGAGAAGGCGGCACCAGAAGAAGCCCCCCAAACCCAGACCCUGUGGCACCAGCUGGGCCAGGUCCUAGCCAAACACUUUGGGCCCCAGGAUGCCAAGGCUGUGCUGCAGCUGCUAAGACGGGAGCACGAGGAGCACGUGCAGAGGGUGAGCUUGGAUGGCCUGGAGCGGCUGGCCUGCCGCCUCCUGGCACAGCAGCCAUGUGUAGAGCCGACCAAGAAGGAGCCACAGGCUGUGGCCUCAGAGCUUCAGCAACAUGAAGGAGGUGGAGAAGGUGGAGGAGCAGUCGAUCAGUUACGUACUCCAUAA